CACCUGACUUGGAAACUUUGUACAGUAAAUAAUUAAGAGUCAUAGGCCUACAGGUCAUGAUGAUAAGUAUUGAUCUAUGGUCGCUAAAAUUGGAAAUAACCAUGAUCAUAAAGGAUUCCAAUAGCUUGGCAAUUGGGUAGGUUUGCACCGGAUAAUUUGUUUCGAUGCUUUCACAUUUUGAAAUCUAGAUUAACUUGACUUCCUUCAACCUUAAUAGUAGCUUAGAAAGUAAUGGAGUAUUGUUUAUGCUGCCCUGCGAGAUACAGGCCUACAACUCCACCAUACGAGAGCACUGCUGAAGAACGACAGGCCUUAAUUUCGCCUGUACGGUCUCCGUAUUACGUAGAUGACAUCUUAACAAAUCAGCCUAUGUAUGAUAAUGAGAAUUUAUGGAGUGAGCCAGGUGACAUCACACAUAUGGAAGCAGAUGAUGACCGGAGACUUUACAACAUAAUUCAGAAGAGAGACAACGAAACUCCUGGAUCUCAGGAAUGGAUGGAUUUUGAUAUUGAAAUAAGCAAAAUACGCUCUCUGAGACUAGCAAUACGGCAACGUUGGAAAAAAACUUUAGAUCAAUUAGGUUUCAGUGACGAUUCUCAAGCUUUGUUAGUCGUUACCUCAUCGUCUGAAGUAAAAACUCUGGGUUCAGCACAGAGGGCACAUCAGUUGCACGACGAGUUAGUCACACAGACUUCUAUUUUCCUGGAGGACGUGACGCAACCGCAACGGUACACAAUAAUCUUGGACCGCUUACUGGACCUAGACGCUGCCGAAAAUUUUGUACGGAUGGCAAAGAAAAUGUAUCCAAAAAAUAUAGAGCGGGAUGAUAUAACGUGACGUUGUCAUAUUGUCAACAGUUUUAAUUUGUAGUUUAUUCAGUCGUAUUGACGACGAACAUUCAAUCUCAACAAGAGUGUUUAUAAGUAUAAUCAGGCCUCGCACCGUUACAGGGGUGGCACUAGCGGGUUCGGAAUGGGUCAGUCAGCUUCUCUUUUCCGACGAGGAGAAAAUCGACAAAACGUUUUAGAUCAAAAAUUCUAUAUAAUUUAAAAUCCCCGAAAUUGAUAGAGCUUUCGAUUCUUCACCUAGUCUGGGUUCCAGGCCCUAAUUUUGGGUUACUCACUCUUUAUUGCACUUAAUGCGCGUCGUAACAAAUUUAAUUGGCGUCCCAUACUCAAUUUCUUCUUUUUUUUCGGAUUAGGAUUAUUAAGACUCAAACCAAAGAUAAAAUUAUAAACCAACUUUAUUCGCUCGUUGGCGGCGCUAUCUAGAAUAAAGGAAAACUAUAACAAGGGACUUGUCCAUGGCAAAUCUAAAUUGUUCCCUUUUCAAAUUGUAUCUGAAGCAUAUACAUAAUGGUAACUGUCAUAAUGUCAAUCAAAGGGCGGUUAUAGUAAUAUGAAGCCGAACUUUAAAAAAAAAUCUAAUUUAACACAAGAAAUGCUAAGAGUAUUGAAUUUAACUAGAUGCAUAGAAUCAUUAUUGGUGGCUCACAAACUUCGUGGAACUAGUAGUUAAACUAGAGGCUAUAAAUGCUUAUUAAUUGGGAUUUCUGGUAACUUGUACUGUAUAUAAAUUGUUUUUUUUUUGUAUUAUGUAUUAUUCCUGAUAAUUAAUAUAAGUGAAAUGUAGAAUUUAAAAAAAAUGCCUUAUUUUUGGAGUGACAUACUAUUUGUACUUAAACUCAGUGUACACCAUAAAGGUUAUACUUACAUUUCCAUUUUGUAUUUUUGUACUAAAUAGUUUUUUUAAAAUCAAAGCUAUUGGAAUAACUUGAACCAUUUAAAGCAUGUUGAUGUUGCAGUUUAUUUCAAUCUAGGCCGCAUUCUAAUAUGAAUCCAACAGAAUAUUUACACAAUGUCUAAAUUCAAUUUCUAGAUUACAGGAUAGCAUAUAACUUUACAAACACACCACAUUAAUAUACAUUAUAUAUAUAUAAGUAUAUAGAUAUAUAUUUGCUUUUCAUUUUUUUCUAAUUUUUUUUUAUAGAUAUCACAAUAUGUACCGUAGUUAUUUAACAGCUUCAAAGCAUUUGAAUUAGCAUUGAACAUCGCUCAAUCAUUAUAAUGUGCUUCUAGAACCUUGUUUUCACAUUAAUUGCUCAUUAUAUAUGUUGUUUGGAGAUAUAAGGCUUAGGAAUGAGCCAUACAAAAUAGGCCUAUAUAACAGUGUUCAGACAGCAAUCGGGCAUUUAUUGACUAUUCAGCUUUGUUCUCGUAUUUCUUGUAUAAUAUUAAUAAAUAUUUCUCAUCCGCUUA